AAUUUUUAAACUAGAGUCAUGUCCAGAAGCUCUCACUCAUUUAGUACUGUAAAUCUUACCCAGUCGAUUCAUUUCGUUCCCUCUAGAGGGUUGAUGGAUCUGGAAACAGAAUCGGCUAGCGGCAAUACUGAUGCAAGAGGCAACAAAAUUGCAGACGCAGGCAGAAAAAGGAGGUGUCCAUGUUCACCUCCGCCAACCCAAGGGGGUCGACCAAAUUCUUGGUUCCUAUCUGCGACUGUUCUUGCAGCCCAACAAGCGAAUCGAACUGCAGAAGUCAGUGAAAGUGGCGAGUGCAGGAGAAAGAGCUGGAGCUAUAUGACAAGCUGAUAGGUAGAUCUAGAGACAAGGGCAGAGA